CAGUCGUUUCGAGAGAAUUAAAGUUGAGAGUAAAGUGUUUUAAGGUAAUACUGAGAAAUUCUUUUUGUUUUUGCUUCAGUCCUCCAUCGUAACAGAGAGAAUUCUACCUAAGAAUGCUAUCAGCCGUGUCUUUAGUAAAAGAGGAUGGUCGUGAUGGGAACAAGACAGAGCAGAACCCGUUUACGAUGCCUGAAGAUAGCAUCAUCUUCAACUUUAGAGAGACAGAGAAAGCUCGGAGGAAACAAGAAUAUCAGAGGGAUCAGAGUCUUUCUGUCCAUGAAAAAAAGACAUACUCAGGCAGAAUAAAGGCCAAACAGUUAGAGCUGAGGAAGAAACUAAGAGAUGGCAUGGAAAAGGAGGAAGAGGGCACUACUGACCGAUCACAGACUGAGCUCCAGCUUCCACAAAAUGCCUCAGCAUCCAAAAUGAUUCUGUUGAAAGAUCGUAACAUUGAAAAAGAGAGCAUACGGGAGUUCAUUAGCAAGAAACGAGAGAUGUUCUACAUAGAGUAUGCUGUGGCAGUAAAGAGAGAAGAGAUUGAACAGCUAGAGCAGCGGGCAAGUCGUGAAGAGAAAAAAUUGGCUAAAGCUGAAAAGCUGCUGGAGGAUGAUGUUGCUUUGUUUGACACAUUUCUUAAAGAAAAUGACAAGAAUUCAAUGGAAGCCAUCAGAAUUGCUGAGCAGGAGAGCAAAGCAAAGCAGGAGAAAUUAGCUGAGAUCAGGAAGGCUACAGCUAAGAUGGUGGCCAUCAAAAGCAACAUUUCCAAGCUUGAGGACACACUGCAGGAGUACAAACUCUACCGGGACUUUCUCUUUAAGCUUUCUCCUCCCGAGUGGCAGGAGAAACAGAGAGAAAAGAAGAAAAGCCACAUUAAACCCACCUCUGUCAUCAGCAAGGGAGACCAGGAGGGAAAGAGCAGAGAGACAGACAAAGGAAAAAAGACCAGUCAGUCUGAAAGAGAUACAAGUAGAGAGAAGAGGAGUCCUGUUUCCCGAGAGCUGCCUCCUCUUCGUGAUGCCCAGGUUCCUUCCAGACACAGCAUGAAGUCAAAUUCUCACAGUGGCGAAAUUAGCUCUGCAUCUGAAAGUGAUACUUCAGAAUAUGAGGAGGAGCCAGAGCUGUACUUCACAGAGCCUCAACAGCUGCUGGACCUGCUCAGUGAACUGGAGGAACAGAACCUCUCUCUGAUACAAAACUCUCAGGAGACUGAGGAGAGCCUGGACGAAUUCAGACAGACCAUGGAACAGACACACAAAAAUAUUGAACAAGAAGCCAAUCACCUGAAACAGCAGAUUGAUGCAAUGACAGAGACUAUUAAGAGAGAAAAAGUGAAAACUGCAGAAUUGGAGCUCAACACCAGGUUCUUUGACUUUGGAAAGAACAAAGCAGAGGAGGAGUGCAUUCUAAAUUGUUUGGGCCAAAAAGUAAAGGAGGUCUACCACAGCUGCAUUGAAGACAGUGGAGCCAACCUGAGCACGUUGCAGAUGUUGAUGGCCAUGGAGAGCCGGCUAAGUGAUCUGCUGGGUACCAUGGAGCUGAUUCCCCCUGAUCGUCUUGCUAUGGCUAAGAAAGCAAAGGAAAAGGAGAGGAGGCUCAGACUGCGAGAUGAGAAGCUUACUCUGCAGAAGCAGCACCAGGAAGAGAGGAUAAAGAAAGCCAUGGAGAGAGCUCAAGCUGAGAUCAAGCGAACAGCUGGUAAAAAGCUGAUGCCUCGUUCCCAGCCUCCUGUGCGUAAACUCAAGAACAAAGAUCAAAGUGAUAUCACAGACGAGGAAAGGGAGAAAUACCUUUACUUCUUCACUUGAGGCAUUUGAUGUUUAGUAAUGACUCCAUCAUGCCACCCUGCCAGUUAGGGACAGAUGAUUAUAUCUUAGGCCCUUAAUGUUUAGUUGUCUCUGGAAAGCAGUAGAGGUGCACUGGCCAUUGCAUAACAAUUAGUACGGAAACAAUAAAAAUAUUGUGUAAAAAAAAAAAAAAAAAACUUUAG